GAGCGCACUGGGUCCCUCAAUCCAGCUACAUCUCCUUUCCCAGAAAACACUUCCAGGUUUCAGGAAGCCUUUGGAUUGCUUUGUUUGGAUGUACCGACAAAUAUUACAAACAAUUCAAAAGAAGGAUCGAGGGAGUGCAGGUUGUUUUAUCAGCGCGAGAGGAGGUAAAGCGCAGUUACGCGUCAGUUUGAGAGAUUUAUCCGACAGUUCUGGAAACGGCGCUCGAGACGCGCGUAAUGGAUCGAUAAUACGAACUUCUGGGAGUGUAAAGAAGCUCCUGUAACUACUGUGAAACCGCUGCUUUGGUGGAAUAAAGGCUCACCAAAGAGACUUAAUCAGUAUCAGAUAUAUAGUGCUAGAUAUUUUUUGAGAUCGACGCGCGCUGUGAUGGAUGGGGCAGUUCCCUUGGUAUUGAUGCUGGUUUCGCUUUUCUCAGGAGAUGUUCGGAGCGUCUCGUAUCCUCAGCGGUAUAACCUUUACGCUGGCACUCAGACACAGACGCAGCCUUUAAACGGGGCGCGGGCAGCGAGCAGACACAGAAACUGGUGUGCAUAUGUGGUGACGAAGACUGUGAGCUGCGUUGUGGAGGAUGGGGUAGAGACCUACGUGAAGCCUGAUUAUCAGCCGUGUUCCUGGGGUGUUCAGUGCCCACGUGUUGUAGUAUAUAGGACCUACAUGAGGCCCAGAUACAAGGUGGCUUACAAAAUGGUAACAGAAAUGGAGUGGAAGUGCUGCCUUGGAUUCAGUGGUGAAGACUGCAACGAUGGACCGAAUGGGGGAUCUGAUACUCAGAUCUCAACAGUCAGACCUUGGCCUAGGCCCUCACAACCAGGACAAACUGGAGCUGGUGCUGGCCAUGGACAGAGUGGAGGGAAUGGGAGAGGUGACAAUCACAAGAUGAAACAAUUGGAGGACAAAAUCCAGAGGCUGACCAAAGACCUAAAUGACCUGCAGUCUACGCUGCGUGGCAUGAAUGAGAGAUUCCAGGAGGAAAUGCGCAAACCUGGUUUUAAUAGCGGCAAAACGCCAGCUGAUGCAGCACAGCCAGAAAUGAAAGAGACCAUUCAUAACAUACAGACCAAGCUGGAUCAGUUGGACAACCGGACUCAAGCCCACGACAAGACCCUGGUCAGCAUCAAUAACCACUUAGUGAAUGGAAAGGGUGGAGGCAAUGAUCUAGAUGAUGGAGGAAUUGGAGGAAAGAGGUUCACCACCUUGAAGGAGGAAAUCCUCCGAGAACUUGAACAUCGAGUGACGCUGUCUUGUUCUGCUUGUCAAGCUGGGGUGGAGGACCUGAGACGCCAACAGCAACAAGAUCAGGAGAGGAUCUUGGCUAUGGAGAAGCAGAUCAAUGCCAUGGACCAGCGUCACCGCCAGACUCUCGAUGGUUUACACCGAGAACUUAGCCGCUCUCAAGGCUGCUGUGACACGGUGACAGACCUCAGAGUAAGACUCAAUGAUAUGGACAGGAAGAUAAGCUCCACAUCAGAGGCAUAUGACAAGCUGCAGGAUCGUUUGAACAGAGAACUUGGAGGAACUGGAGGUGGUGGAACAUAUGGCGGAGGAAUAGGUGGACAAGGAGAAGUCCCUAAAGUGACGGAAGACAUCUUCAUCAAUCAUCUACAAGACCUGGAGAGGCGGCUCAAUAACACUGUCCAGAGGACAGAGGAAAAUUGUGCUUAUAUGGAGACUAACAUACGAGACUCGUUUCAGCAGGAACUCAGAAAUCUUCGCAAUGAAUUCAAUAAUCGUAUUCUUGACCAGGAAUACAGGAUUAAUGACAUGGACCUCGAUAUAGGAAACGUAAAGGAAACCGUGUUCGAUCUUGAUAAGCGUUUGUCUCGGCUAGAGAACACAACAUCCUAUAUAGACAGAAGGUUAAGCGAAUGCUCCAUUUGCUCGGGCUCAAGUUCUGGAUCAAGUCCAGGGGGUGGUAGUCCAAGUCCUGGUGACACAGUGAAGUCUUUAGAGUGGAGAGUCAUUGCAAAUGAAGACGAGAUCAAGAGGUUUGACACAAGACUCAAGGAUCUCUCAGUGUCCGGUGAUUCCCUUGAGGAUAGGGUGAUCAACCUAAGCCAUGACGUUCGCAAGAUCAAAGCUCUAACUGGAGACAAUGGGGAGCACUUCAACAGAAUUGUGACUGAGAUUGAGAACUGUGACGUUUGCAGCACAGUGGAAGAUGACCUGAAGAAACUCAAGAACAUAACGAACCAUGCCAUGGACAGAUGGCAAAAGGAAAUAAACUUAAUUAAAGGUAAAUUUGACGCUGGUCAGACGGGUUGUGUAGAUGUGUGCUCCAGUUUGCAAGACGAGAUGGAUCAGUUGAAAGUGGAGGUAGAGAAAUGCAGCGGUCAGUGCAAGAUCACAUUGAAUCCUCCUACAGGAACCGAUUCAGGAACGGGUCACCUAGAUGACCCACAAAAACCACUUGAUGGUCACAGUGUCGUUAGUAGCAAUAGCGGGGAUCUCAGGUCAAUCCAAGGAGAAUUGUCAGAGGUUAUCUUAACCUUCAGCUCCAUAAAUGACACACUAAAAGGUCUGGAACAUGUGGUUCACAAACAUGACAGUGUGAUUACUGACCUAGGGAACACCAAAGACAAAAUCAUUACAGAAAUUGACAAGAUCCAGCAGGAAAUGACAGAGCACAUAGAGGACAGCAGGUUACGCUUUGACAAUGUGGAUCGGGAUGUACGCCGCUUUGGGAACAACUUUGUGGUGGAGAUGGGUGACUGCAAGAGGACUGGAGAUGGUCUGGAUAAGAGGCUUUCUAAACUUGAAGUGGUUUGUGGGCGACUUGACUCUGUCUCAGACAGUCUGCAGAAGAUCAAAGAAGGUUUGAACAAACACGUGUCUGGCCUAUGGAACUGUGUUAGUGGACUAAACAACACAGUGACUUCACACAGCGGGUUCAUUGAAAUCCUCCAGAACACACAUCUGGAUGAUAUCCACGGCAAGAUCAAGAGACUGAAUUCCUCAAUGGUCCAUAUCGUCAAGGAGUUCCAGAACUUAGCUGAGCAAGACAUGACAGGUUUACCUGGACCACCAGGUCCUCAAGGGCUCCCUGGUCCACUGGGGCCUCCAGGUAGGGAUGGACCAGCAGGUCAGGAAGGACCACCAGGUGUUCCAGGCAUACCGGGGCCAAGAGGACCUCCUGGUCUCAGAGGAGAGCAAGGUCUGGCUGGUGCAGACGCAAACAUACCUCGUCUGUCCUUCUCAGCCGCUCUCACAAAUCCAAUGGUUACAUCUGGAACGAUAAUUUUUGAUAAGACCCUUGUAAAUGAAGGAGAACGUUAUAAUCCACGAACAGGUAUCUUUACCGCACCACUCGAUGGACGUUAUUUCUUUAGUGCCAUCCUGACGGGCCACAAAAAUGAGAAGAUUGAAGCCGUGCUGUCCAAGUCUAACUACGGCAUGGCACGAGUAGACUCAGCGGGUUACCAACCUGAAGGACUGGAGAACAAACCCAUGGCUGAGGCCAAGCCAACACCAGGUUCUCUGGCUGUCUUCAACAUCAUCCUACCCCUUCAGGUGGGAGAUACAAUCUGCAUAGACCUGGUCAUGGGCAAACUGGCCCAUUCAGUGGAGCCUUUAACUAUCUUUAGUGGUAUGCUUCUAUAUGAAGAUGUUUAGGGGCCUUUGAGGGGCACUGAUCCUAACAGAGCACUGAGGCUUAUCAGAAUCAGAGGAUCAGCAAAAUGACGGGGCUAAAAAAAUGACACUCUUAAAUGACAAUUUCUGCAUGGGAUAGCAAUGCAGACGGGUGCAUUUCUUUUCCUUAUAUACAUUUUUCAAACUUACAGAUGUUGUUUGACCUCCUGUGAACUCUUUGAGCAGAGAAUAUACAUUCAAAUGGAGGAACUGUUGCCCUUGAUAUGUAAUCCUAACCCAACGUUUUGGAGAAGUGUUGUAACAAAUACUACUGCGGGUUUGUGCGACUUUUGUUGAUGAUGUUAUUGUUACGAUAUUGCCAUGUUAUAUGAAUCACAGAAAUGAGUUAUGAAUCAUCUCUCAUGUACCAAAGAAGACCAUGAGUUCUGUUUGACUUCCCAUGUAUGCCACUGACGGUAAAGUACUCUCCUGCCAAAGUGCUUGACUCACAAUCAGGGUUAUAGGUUAGGCUCAUAUGUGUGGAAGUUUGGAUGCACAGGAAAGGAGAUUUGAUGAAUGUAAUUCAUAUUUUUUGCUGUGAAUGUUUAGUUUCUGUGCACCUUUCUUGUUUUACCGUUUAUGUUUUGUACCAAGGUUACUUUAGUUACCUUAAGAUUUAAGGGGAUGGUCUUUAAAUGUACAGUAUUUGCUGUUUUCUACAUUACAAGUGACAAGUUUUCCAGGAAUAACAUCCUGCUUUACCACAAUGCUUGCCAAAGAUGCUCAUACUUAACUAAAUAUGUGGUUGGAAGUUUUCCGCAACACACCAAUGCCUCUAAUGCAACUUUAAUGAUUUAGUUCAGCAAUGAUUUCAGGAUGCUUUCAAUAUGUGAUUCAACAUGACAAUUGUGAUGUAGUUCAUCGCUUUCCAUGCAAACUCCCCAAGUGCUUCUGGAAAAAUCCAUGUGCUCUGCUAAAAAAGCUGAGGAAAUUAUCCAUGUCAGAGGUGACUGAAAUAAAAUCUUUGGUUCUCACCCGUUUUUUGGGCACACGGUUUUCUCAGCGGCUACCUAACCAGCUAAAAGUGGGCUUUUGGAGAUUUGUUGAAGUGUUUACAAAAACAUCAGCUCUAUCAGAGUGGAGGACAGUUGCAUUUUGCUGUAUGAUUCAUAUUCCCCAUUCAGUGGAGAUUAUUAUCAAACUGUCUGUCCUUAAUGUGGUUCAACAAAGUGUCUUUGAAAAAUAACAACACUGAGGAUUCAGAGAGUGUCCUUCAUCAAUGGAUUCUGUCUGUGUGGUCUCGCUUGAACAUUUACUGAACGACAGACAAAGAACUUUAAACAGCUUUGCUAGAAAACUAAAUGGCUUUUUAUGUCUGAAACAGUGUUAUUUCACACCACUUGUUAAAAGGAAAUGUUUCUGUGUAAAGCUAUGUAACGGGGUUCAGGAUGGGCAAGGAGGAGGCGAGAACUGGCAGAACAGUCAACAUAAACAUAAACACACAGACACACACAGAGCGGCCACGUGUGUCUCACGCCCUCCUCCUCGUCACACUUCUCCACUGCCUGACUCAGGCCGGGGAAACCGGCAUGACGUACUCCCCUCCCCUCCCUUCCUGGAGGGGAGAUGUUGCCCUUCUGGCCAACUUUUUGCCGGCAGGUCUUCCCCACCUCUCUGAAGACAAGGGGCGGGAGAGACAGAGAGAGAGAGAGAGAGAAAGAAAAACUCGCUUGUCAGUUCCCGGACACGCCAUCGCCUGAUCCUCAGCCACUCCUCCGCCCUCUGGCGGAUGACAGCCGCUCUUCCCCUGGCGGACGGCAGCGACUCCUCCAUCCCCUGGCAGACGGCCGUGGCUCCUCUCCUGGCGGACGACAGCGACGAGGACUCCACGACAGCGCAUCCCUCCUCCUUCCCAGAUUUCAGCACCAUUGUAAUGGGUAAAGGAUGGGCAAGGAGGAGGCAGGAACCAGCAGAACAGUCAACAUGAACUUUUAAUGACGUAAAUCAACUUAAACAAACAUAAACACACAGACAUACACACACAGCGGCCGCGUGUGUCUCUCUCUCCCUCUCGAACUGGCGCCUCCGGCUGGUCUUUAAAACAAUUCAGGGCCGGGCAUGCGUCCUCACGGCCAGGCCAUGCCCUCCUCCUCGUCACAAGCUAUAAAACUUUUUAUCCUUAAUAUGGUCAAGAAUGUUGAAAAUUAAGGCUGCUAUCUUAUGUGUGCUGUUUCAACUAUUUUUAGUUAAGAGAUUUCCCAGCUCAUAUAAUGAAUGCUGCAACAUAAAUAAUUUAACCAUAACAUUUAUUUUUAUGUUGUAGGGAGUUUGAAAUCGGCUUUAACAUGCUGUCUACACCGGACACGAGUGGCGGGUUGCAUCAAAAGCAAAUCACUUCCAUUAUAAUUACUGAUGCUGUCUACACUGAAAGCGUUAGUUGCGACGUGACACGUUGACAGUGAACAGAUGCCCCGUUCUAUUGCUGACAUGCUGCAGAGUGUCUACAGUCACUUUUCUGGCAAACAAUAA